AUGUUCCAAAUGCUUCAAACUGUGGGACAGUUCAAUGGGAUUCCUACUGAAGAUCCUCACCUUCAUCUUCGUUUAUUCAUUGAAGUGGGUGAUUCUUUCAAGCUGACCGGAGUUAUAAAAAAUUCCUUGAGACUGAAGUUGUUUCCAUACUCUUUGAGAGAAAAAGCAAGGGCUUGGUUGAACUCCCUCCCAUCAGAUUCAGUGUCUACUUGGCCAGAAUUAGCUGAGCGAUUCUUGAUGAAAUACUUCCCACCCACCAAGAAUGCCAAGCUCCAAAAUGAGAUCACUUAUUUCCAACAACUAGAUGAAGAGUCUUUAUAUGAAGCAUGGGAGCGGUUCAAAGAGUUACUAAGAAAAUGCCCUCAUCAUUGCAUCCCUCAUUGCAUCCAAAUGGAAACCUUCUAUAAUGGUCUAAAUGCUCAUACAAGAAUGGCGGUUGAUGCUUCGGCAAAUGGGGCACUUUUGGCCAAGUCAUACAAUGAAGCUUAUGAAAUUCUAGAGAGGAUCUCCAACAAUAACUAUCAAUGGCCAACUACUAGAGCCCCUACGGGGAGGAAAGUGGUUGGUGUUCAUGAGGUUGAUGCACUAACUUCAUUGGCGACCCAAGUUUCUUCUAUGUCGAAUAUUCUUAAGAAUAUGAGCGUGGGCAUGAGUCCACAAAUGGGUCAACAAAGGGGGCAGCUUGUAGAAGUUUUUUGUGUGAAUUGUGGUGAUGGUCACACCUUUGACAAUUUUCCUUCUAAUCCUGCAUAUGUGUGUUACAUGGGAAAUCAAAAUAGAAAUGGUCUUAAUUUGAAUUCUUACAAUCAAACAUGGCAGCAACACCCUAAUUUCUCAUGGAGCAAUCAAGGGGUUGGUUCUAACACUACAUCUAUGCCUCCUAGGCCUACUUAUCCACCUAGUUUUUCUCAACAACAAAUCCUUAUGCCACAAGCAUCCCCACCUAGUCCAUUGGAGAAUAUGUUAAAGGAUUAUAUGGAAAAAACUAAUGCAAUGAUUCAAAGUCAAGCAGCAUCUAUGAGAAACUUGGAGAUUCAAGCUGGACAACUAGCCAAUGAGAUGUGA